AUGAUCUUUCACACUUUGUCGGAAGCUUUGAAGGAUUUAGUAAACAAGGCGGUGGGUUUAGGUGUUUAUACCGGUUUAAAUAUAAGGAGAUUAUGUAGUGUGGAUAUUUUACAAUUUGCGGAUGAUACAUUGUUGAUUGGAGAGGGGAGUUGGAAUCAAGUGUGGGCUAUAAAAGCUAUCUUAAGAGGGUUUGAGAUGGUGUCGGGUCUCGGAAUCAACUAUCACAAGAGCAAAAUCAUCGGGUUUAAUGUGUCUAACAAUUUCUUGGAUAUUGCCUCUAAUUUUUUGUCUUGUAGGAGGGAAGACUUUAUGUUCACUUUUCUUGGGAUUCCUAUAGGAGCUAAUCCUAGAAAGAUCCCCUCUUGGAAGGUGAUUGUCAACAAAAUCAAAUCUCGGCUUAAGGAUUGGAAGGCUCCCAUAGCGGUUUUAAAGGAGAUUUCGAGAUUACAAAGCAAUUUUCUUUGGGGUGGAGUGGGGGAUAAUAAGAAAAUUCAUUGGAUAUGGAGACAUCAAUCUCCAAGUGGUUUCGCGCAACAUCAAGGUUACAUUGAGGAUAAGUUUGUCGAAAAUUGUAGUGUUACUAUUGGUAACGGUUUCAACACAUCUUUUUGGCACUCUAGGUGGAUGGGAAACCAUUGCUUGAAGGAUUCUUUUCCGGAAGCUUUCGCUCUUUCGGCUUUAAAGUUUGUUUCCGUGGCUACCAUGGGAGGUUGGAGUGGUGAAGAAUGGCAUUGGGGCAAUUUUGGUUUGGACUUACAGGGCUGUCCGGCGAGCGCAUUUGAAGCCCAGCGGCUGCACUCUUUACUGCUGUCGAUUCAGCCAGCGGCUGCUGUCAGGGACAGUGCGGUUUGGUGCCCGGAUCCGGCGGGAGGUUUUUCCGUUCGGGGCUGCUACGCUCUUACGGAUUGUUUUCAUGUCCCGUUAGGUCUGGAGAAGGAGUUUUCGCAUGUUUUAAAGCUUAUUUGGAAGACGGUUGUUCCUCAAAAGGUCAAGGCUUUUGGUUGGCGGUGUUGCAUUAAUAGGUUGCCCACAAAGGAUCUUCUUCAAGUGAGAGCUUUCGGAAGUGGUUUAGUUUUUGCAAAUCUAAAAAAGUUAAUUCCGGAAGGGAAGGGACAAUUUGGAUGGCAACUACGUGGUUUAUUUGGAAGCUCCGGAAUGGAAUCAUUUUCCGGAACGUUUUGUGGAAUGUGCUAG